UCUCAGUUAUGGCAACGGAGCCGCCAUCCCCCCUCCGGCUCGAGGCGCCCGGCCCCCUAGAAAUGCGGACCUCGCCGGUGAGCGAGCCUGCCCCUGAGGGCACCCCGAAGCCGGCGGGCGGCAGGCUGCGCUUCCUCAACGGCUGCGUGCCCCUCUCGCAUCAGGUGGCCGGGCACAUGUACGGGAAGGACAAAGUGGGUAUAUUGCAACAUCCAGAUGGCACAGUUUUGAAACAGUUACAGCCACCUCCAAGGGGUCCAAGAGAGCUGGAAUUCUAUAAUAUGGUAAGUGAGGUUUAUGCUGCUGAUUGUACUGAUGGUGUUCUUUUAGAGCUACGAAAAUAUUUGCCAAAAUAUUAUGGUAUCUGGUCACCUCCCACUGCACCAAAUGAUUUAUACCUAAAACUGGAAGAUGUGACCCAUAAAUUUAGUAAGCCCUGUAUAAUGGAUGUAAAGAUAGGGCGAAAAAGUUAUGAUCCUUUUGCCUCUUCUGAGAAGAUUCAGCAACAGGUCAGCAAGUACCCGUUAAUGGAAGAGAUUGGGUUCUUGGUGCUUGGCAUGAGGGUUUAUCAUGUUCAUUCUGAUACCUAUGAAACACAAAACCAGCACUAUGGAAGAAGCUUAACAAAAGAAACUCUAAAGGAUGGAGUCUCCAAGUUUUUUCAUAAUGGAUUCUGCUUAAGAAAAGAUGCUAUUGCUGCCAGCAUUCAGAAGAUUAAGAAUAUUCUGCAGUGGUUUGAAAGCCAGAAGCAGCUUAACUUUUAUGCAAGUUCAUUACUGUUUGUUUAUGAAGGUUCAUCUCAGCCAUCUACUACAAAAUCAAAUGACAGAACUUUGGCAGAGAAGUUUUUGUCCAAAGGACAACUUGCAGACACGGACGUACUGGAGUACAAUAAUAACUUUCAUGUGUUAAGUUCCACAGUGAAUGGAAAAAUAGAGUCGUCAGUAGGCAAAAGCUUGUCCAAGAUGUAUGCUCGUCACAGAAAAAUGUAUUCAAAAAAGCAUCACAGUCAGACUUCAUUGAAAGUUGAAAAUGUAGAGCAAGACAAUGGAUGGAAAAGCAUGUCCCAGGAACAUUUAAAUGGAAAUGUGCUUUCCCAACUGGAAAAGGUUUUCUACCAUCUUCCCACUGGUUGCCAAGAGAUUGCAGAAGUAGAAGUACGAAUGAUAGAUUUUGCUCAUGUGUUCCCUAGUAAUACAGUAGAUGAGGGAUAUGUCUAUGGGCUGAAGCAUUUAAUUACUGUAUUGCAAAGUAUUUUAGAUAAUUGAAUCCUUUGCUGCAGUCUUUUUAAGAGGUGGGGCAAUCAUAAUGAAGAGCAGCAGCAGUCAAUAUCUCUAUACUUGUAAUGCUAUGUAAGAAAUUUGUAUUGUGAGUCUACAUUUUAUUUGUCUUUAUACUUUUGGUAGAAGGGUUAACUUUUUUAUAAUCUUACUCAGGAAAACUAAUUAUUUGUUCAUUAGAAAACUAUGAAGAAUAAAGAAACUUAGGAAUGUUGAGCAGGGAAUGUGUUGGUACAUGGCUUAUACAUGUAUUUGGCUCAAGCAACACACAAACCAUUUUUCAGUCAUUGAGUUCAAUUUUCUGUAGCCAAUUUAUCAGGAAAUCUCUGUCCACCCAACCUUGACAAUGAGCCAUAUCUAAACUCAUUACAUUAUUAGAACACUUUCAAAAAUCUAGAAAGCACAGAUUGAAAUACUUAGUAUUGCUAUGUAUGAAGUUAUUAAAACUGGAGAAAAUUCUACUUCAGAAAUAAGUACUGUUUAGGUUUUAUAUUAAAAGUUAAGACCAGCAUAUCAAAGGUGCUUCUUAGUGAAAUGAUUUAGAAUUUUCCAUUUCAAAAGCAGAUUUUCCCUUUAAUUUUCCUUUAUAUUCAUAUUUCAAAAUGUUACACUUCAUGAAAAAGAUAAUUGAAAUGGACAACAACAACAACAACAAAAAUCUUGAAAUUAAGGGCACUAGUAAUUACACUUACCAGGAUGAGAAGAGAGAAGUAACUUGCAAGGAACAAGGUGUUUUGUUUUAAAAUCUUUACUUUAUGGGAAAAUGUACUACCUUGUGAAAAGUUUUAGAAACCAUAUAGUACCUUUUCCUCUAACUGCAGCUUCAAAAAGGUGGGUGAUUGAAGCAUUAUCUUAUUUCUCCUUUAAAUAAAUAUUGAGUUUUUUCUUCUAAAAUCCGUAUAUUUAAAUGUCCCCAUUUAAUUAAGCAGUAGUAUAAAUAUAUGUUGCUAAAAAUAGUCUUUCUCAGAAUUCUAAUAAGCAGGAAAGAACAACAUGCAAUAUUGUGAGUGUUACCAAAAGUGCUAUGUGUAAAUUAGUGCAUCGUCUAGAGUUUGGUGCAUAUCUAAAUCCAUGCUUCUAUUUCACCCAAAAGUUUUAUAUCAUAUUCAAGAGAGAAAUUUUAAUUUCCUGGAGAGGAGGGCAAUGCUAUUUUCCCUGGAAAAAUUAGAUUCUUAAGUAUUAUCUUUUACACAUCCACUAGCUUUUUAAAAAUAACUAUUUGUUAUUGAAAACACUUAAAACUUUGAAAUUAAAUUUGCAAAUAAGUUAGAUGUUUAUGCUGUCAUUACUUGCACUUUGAUUCACUAAUAACCCAUUUAAGUAGUUAACAGUUUUGCCAUAUUCCUGGAAAAUGUUUCAGAGUUGUGAAUUGUUAAACUUUUUCCCCUAGAGUUACAAAUUAAACGUUUAAAUCCAAACAUCUUUUUUUUUUGAUGUGGAGGAAAGUAUCACAAUUUUAUGUUUAUUUCACCUUCUCAACCCUCUCUGAGCGCCGUUUGCAAAUAUCUGAGCACAAACAGAAGUACCACAUAUUCUGAAUUCUAUGCUUAGUAAAUCUGUUAAACCUGAAUAACUUUAAAAUCCAUAUGCAUUUUGUUAUUGUUUAAAAUUUUUUAUUUAGAGUCAUUGUAAGUAUUUUCCAUAAGGACUUCAUAUUUUUCUCUACUGCCUAAUGGGUAUUGCUGUUGCUUUUUUUUGUGGGGAUGAUUUCAAUCAUAAUUAGUAGUCAGAAACUUUUUAGUUUUAUACUUUUUGUCUCCUACAGUACAGACUUUUGUUGUUGUUGUUGUUAUUUGGAUAGUGGUUCAAUAAAUCUUAAGCUCGGAUAAUUAAACACUAUUUUGAAUCUGAACAAAAAUGAGGCUUUUUUUGUAUGGGAUGAUAUCAAUCAGCCUAUGUACAAUCAAUUUAAUAAGUUUAAGUAUUAUCAGAUUUUUUGCACAUUUUAGCUGAAUAAAGUCUGAAUCAACUGUUCCAGAUUUUCUUUAUCCGUAUUUGGAAAUAUAGUUUUGUAAAAUCAGUGUCUUACUUUUUGAUACAAUAGAUCAUGUUUUGUUUUAAUAAAACAAGAAGCGCUUUUAUCUUUUGUUUUUCAGGGAAGGGAUUAACAUUUAAUUCUGUUUGUUUACAUUUUUUAUCACUGUCAUCCAAUGCCCAUCUUGUGUUACUUUACAAGUAAGCUUACAUGUAACAGAAUAAGCAUCUGUUUAUGUAAUCUACAUAUGACUAUUUUACUAUCUAUUCCAGUCAUUUAACAUUAUGCUGAAAUUUACCACUGUGGGGAUGAAUAAUCACUAUUCACCAAGCAUAGUUAAACAUUUAAAUGUUUAAGAAAUAAGAAUAAUAAGGAUAUAGUUUGGGUUAAUAGGAUUAUCAUAGUUUUUUCCCCCUAAGGAAAUGUAAGUAAUGAUUUUAGUGUAUUUCUUAUGGAAUACACUCAUAAAAAGGACUAUAAGCAAUUGUGGAUAGUGAAUAAUACAUUUCUCUAAUAAAAAUUUAAAUUGUGUAAUAGUUUUAUAAUAAAGUAUUUACAUUAAUUGAUAUUUUAAUAUGGAUGGAAGUUGCAUAGAUUCAAAUAAAUUAAAAGUUGGCAAAUACUAAAUAUUUUAUCUAAAUAGUUUUUCAAGAAACAAUUGUGAAAAUGUGUAUAUUAAAUGGCUCUGACAUGGAGCUUGUGGUAUUUUCAACUCAGUAUUCAUUAUUCUUUGUUUUAUGUGUCUGGAAAGAUUGUACUUACUAUGCCUCUUUACACUACAAUUUGCUGUUGUGGGGCUUUCGAUUGUGUUCAACCAAAUAACUUUUUUCUGCAUUUUGAUUGAGUACAAUUUGCUAUUUUAUGAUUUCCAAGAUGCUGUUCUUCAUAUCGUCUUUAUAAUGUCUGCAUAUCAAAUUUACAACAUAACUUAAGAAAAAGGAAUUAAUUUUCAGAGAUAUGUCACUGGCACUUUUAUUGUUUUACGUGACUGAAAACAUUUGUUUCUAGGAUUUAGACUAUUGUAGAAGAUGUAGGAUGAAAGAAAACGGUAGAACAAUGAAAGUUUUAUUUGUGAAAUUACAGAAAUUUUGUCCACUCUUAAAGCAUUGUCAUUUAGUACCAAUUUCUCUUAGCAGGUGGCAUUUGAUACUUAAGCUUGAUUUGCUUUAAAAAUUGUUUACAGUGCUUUGUAAUAAUCUUCCUUAUUCAGUGCCUUUAACCUUGAUUUGAUGUAUUUGUAGCCUUAGUUAUUCUUCUAUUACAUCCUACGUUUUCAUAGUCUAGACAUCAAUUUCUUUUAAAGAUUUGUCAAUUUGGGUUUGUAAAGAGGUAGCAAUUUUCUAUUAAUGCUUUGCAAAGGAAAACAAGUCGAGUUGCCUUUGAAGGCAAGGCUUCUUAGUUCAUUCAGAAAUACUUACUGGAUGUCUACCAUGUGCCAAGCAUUUUUAGCCCCUGAAUAUGCAGUUGUGAACCAAUCAGACGAAGCCCUAAUCACUUCCAGCAUUCUUUCUCGAUGGGGUGGGGUUGAGGGCUUAAUUAAAAUAGAGAUACAGAGAAAUAUGCAUUUAAAGAUAAUAAAGUUAACUAGCAUUUGAGUUUGUGUAAAGAUAAAGUAAUUAUUGAGUUGAAGCAUUACCAAUAUGUUAGAGAGGUUAAAAAUAAUACUUUGUAGCAUUGUAACCUUUAUUUGACUUCUGAGUUCAGGUAGUGAUUAUAGAUAGCAUAAAAAGGCCUUAAUUUUUCACUUUUCUUGCUGGUAAAGGUACGUUUACUUAGACUGUCCAUUUAGAGUAGUGUUUUAACAUAACGUUACUGUGAAAAACAUUCUAUUACAUAUUCACAAGCAAAUUACUGCACAUUUUUAAAAUUGUAUUUUACAAUUUAGUACAAAUACUUUAGGCCUCAAUCUUAUCUUCAAAUCACUGGUAUUUUAAAUUUGGCAAUGAAUAUAAAAUUACUUUUUGGCUUACAAAGUGAUUGUAUUGUUACUUAAAAUACUUGUUAAUAUUUUAAGAAGGUUGGAGUCUCCAUUUUUGGGGAUUUAAUGUUUAAAUUCUUAUUUUGAUAGAGUCUAGUAAGGGGAACUAGUACUCAUUCGAUUAAACAAAUUAGAAUAUACUUUCAAAAAGUUAAUUGUUAAGCUUUGUCAUUUUGGGGGUUAAAAUCUGGCCUGGUGUUCACUUACAUAUUAACAAAUUUAAUUAUGACAUAAAAUAGUCUUAACUAUCAUGUAUGAUGCACUUGCAUAUAAAUGAAAAUGGUGUGCACAAAGACACUUUACUAUGGGAGCUAUACUGGAAGAUUUAUGAAAGCAUGUGAAAUUGCACCUAAAAUUGUGUUAUUAGUGACUAUGCUAAAUUUAUUGUACUUGAUGAAUGAAUGUAUUUAGUCUAGUCAAAGUUACUUUGGUUUAAAUGUCUAAACAAUGUCUCUUUUUUUUAAUGUGUUUGUAAUUUGUACUAUUGAUGGGGGUAUUCCUGGACUGCAGGGGUUAUUGUCAAUGUGAUUUGUGUUUUUAUUUUAUAGAAUCAUCUAAUGUGAUAUACCGAUUUUUAUAAGUGAUAUUUAGAUAAUUCUAAUAACUGUAUAUUUGACAACCUAUUAAAAUGUUUUGCAUUGGA